AUGGAGGAUGAGAUUGUGCGGGCGCAAUGUGAGCUGGCGGCGCACCAAAUUUUUUUCCCUACAUUUCUUUCUUCUGCUUCAGCCUCAUCACCAUCCUCCGCUCAUUGUACAUUGAAUUUAUCCACGGAUAAAAAAACGUUCCAGCUGAAAUCAAAUUGGUCUGGCGUUAUUGCUCCGGUUGGGUUGUGCUCCUCAGCUGUAUCUGUCCAAAAUAUUCUGAAAGAUGCUGCGUCUAUGAUGUCAGAUGAUGCGAUUGCUUUAUAUCGUCUUUGUCGGCAUCGGGCGGUACCAAUCGCUCUUUCACAUGGUGGCAGCAGUGGAUACGGUUUAAAUACUGGGGACGGCAAUACAAGUCUGCAGGACGCCGCUUUUUGUGUCUGUGCGCGUCUUAUAGUGAAAUUACCUUUGCUCUGGGAGGCCUUGACCUAUCGCGCUGCAGUGCUACGACCGCGAAAUCCGAUUUUAUGGUUUGGUAAGUUAGUUUUAGUGUCAGUUAGCGUUUCAGAUAUUCAGAGGUUUGCGGCACGUAGUCACCAUUUGAUGCUCUCUUGCCCCGUGUUGUUUUGUGGGAAUCACAAGGAUGAUUAUUAUAAGAGUGGCAUCUGUAGGGACGGCGGAAAUUCUCCGUCUGCGCCAGCUUCCUCCAUUGGAGUUGGCUCUGUAGUGAUUGCUGAUGUCGCUACGAACAAUAUCGCGACUUCACCCGCGGUGGAAACCUUUUCGGCGUCGCCAUUGUCAAAGGCUUCUCCCGUCAUGAAGGUAGCACCGGCUGCGCUCACUGCUGGGGCUUUGAACAUCGAUCCAACUCAAAUCGAGUGUCUCGCAGCUUGCUACUUUUUCACAGUGACCACACCCGCUUUGCGCAAAAAGUACCCCCAAGUGGUUGAGGCAAGGCCGCUGAACCAUGAAGGAAAUGUUCAGAACAGCUCGGACUCUGCAGGUGGAGCAAAAAAGCACGCUCGUGCUGGAAAAUAUGGUGAAACAAAAAAGUCUUUGCCACUUUUUGUGGACGAUGGUAUUGCGAAUCGAUUCACGUCCAACGUGUCUGAGGUGAGCGCGACCUCUUUCAAGGAUAAGGGAUUUUGUCGACAAAUGGCCAUCGAGGGUAUUUGUUCGGAUGAAAAUUCUGAAGGGGAUCCUGAAUUAGGAGGCAAUCUUGAGCGCGAUGGAACCCGGAAGCGUUUGCUUGCGGAAUCUUUGGCUUCAAGAUCUACCAAGAAACGAAAACUCACUCGCUCGGGCAUUGCUAGGCCUCUUUAUUCAGAUUUGCAUUUGACUAAGAUGAAUAGAAAAGCUGAUACAAAGGGUAAUGACAACGAUAGUGAGGUUAACGAAGAUGAAGUCAGCAACGAUGACAUCGAUGAAGGUCUUAAUAAAGAGAAUAUUGAGCAAGUGAAAUGGAAUAAAUUAUGCGCUUUGUUGAUGCGAACAAACGAUUCAGAACUCCAGAACGGAGAAGCCUUGAACGGUCUGAAACUGAAGCCGGCGUCGCCUGCACCUGCUUUGAGAUCUUCUGCUCUCUGGGACUCUUCGGAUUGCCCUUUGAAUGUCACCGAACUAGCGGCCCAAGUACAUGUUACGGCAUUAAUUACAAGAAGAAAGCGUAUUGAGGCACUUUUGCGGAGGCCACAACUUUACGGAUUUCGCAAGUGGAGUGAUUUGUAUUCAUCAGUUCAUAACGCUUAUGGUGACAGCUCAGAUGGGUUUCCUUGUCCUGGUUUAUCUAACUUUUCUUCUUCAGUGUCGACUUUGAAAGGAAUACGCCUAUCUACAGAAAAGUAUGAAAACCAAACGCUACCUGUUGUUGACAUCAACGGAAAAUUUAACGUGAAUGACGUAUUAAAUUGUGCUCAUCCGACAUGUGUCAGAAGUUUUUGGAAUCUUUCUGUCAGCAAUACAUCGACAAGUACUUUUAUGUUGCCAUCCCUCAUGCCGCGGCCGGCUUCUCUCACAACAUGUGAUUACUUGUGGAUGCGACUUCUGAUUUGCGCAAUGUGGCUAACAGUCUAUGCGGAUGUUCUUUUGCCAAAGCUGGCUGAUAUAGAAAACAACCAAAAAAUACCUACAAGUCCGAACUCUGAACUAUUUGCUGAUUCAAAAUCGCAGUCAGUAACCACUUUUUGCACUACAAUUCACGAGAAAAAAAACAGUCAUAACAGCGAAAUCAUGAAAAAAAAAGCUUCAAGAGACGACACUGAAACAAUUCUCGAUAGAGACCCCUCUGAAGAGCAUGCCAGUGAAACUGAAAAACGCGCCUAUGAUACUCACCAUGAGCACGCGUCAACAUGUAUCGCUUUUUGUAUAAGAAUUAUAAAGGCUGAAAGGAAGAAAUAUGGUGGUGGUAGCAAAAGGGGAUCUAACCGAAGCGAUAGAGGUUCUUCUUUAUUGUGCCCAGUAUGUGACGAGGCACUUCACAAUAGCACUCAAAUCAAGUCCACCUGGAGUGCGUUGCGUGAGGAUCGUGAGAUGCUUUGGAAGCGUAUACAUGCAUUUAUGGAAGUAAUGCGCACUGAGGGCUGUGUGUCUCCCUCAGACAGCUCCGACGCGGAGGAUAAGGCGGAAAUUCAGCAUCUGGAGAAAAGUGGAGGUUUGGAAACUGAAGCCUUUCAGCUUCAGGAUAGUACUUCUUUAGUGUGUCAUGAGGGAUCAGCCAAACAUCGUAUUAGUUUGAGAACGUGGUGGAACCUAUUUGUGAGGGCGGUAUCUGCCCGUGAGGUUGUCGAAAGCACCCUGCGGUAUUAUCCUUCCCCUUCUUCAAGGUUACCGACACCACCACGUUCUCCAACAUGCACCAACGGCUCUGAAGGUGCCGUUGCCAGCUUCAGCGAAAUCGAUUCACAAGGGAAGAUUUUCAGCAUUCCUCAAAAUGAGGCUCGAACGACCUCGAACAUACUUGGUUAUACUAAUGAGGAGUUGAUCAAUGUACAAAACUGCUUCUUUAAAGCAGUAACGCACCGAAUGCAGGCUGUUGUUGAGGAACUUUGUAUCCUUUUAUUUCUGUCUAGCAAAGAUUCCAGUACAGAAGAGAUUCUUGUGAGCAGCUCAAGACGAAACAACGCCAAGCACUUUCCAUCGAACGUCCCACACGAUAAAGAAGGUAUCGACGGGAAUGUGAGCUGUCUUCAAUUGUCUGGCCUUAAGAGCAGCUGCUUUGGCGCCAAGACUAAAGCCUCUUUGUGGAUUACCUUGUUGGAAAAAUACAGAUGGCUACACCGAGAGAGCGUGCCGAAGACGGCACCCCUCAAUAAAGCUUAUGCUUCACAGGAUCGAAGCAAAACGAGUGACAAUGCUGUUAUGAAGCCCUUUUCAUUUUCCCAUGUUCAUGAUGAGGAAAUAAUAGACUAUUUGCAAGGAUGCAGCCUGCGUCAGUUGGUACUGGAAGUAGUUCUAGGAGGGUGUUCUGUUAAACAGGCGGCACCUCUGUUGUUUCCCUUUUUGUGCUCUUACCCAAAGUCUGAUGUUACAAAUGGUCAAGGCGUGGCUCCAUUACCAGAGCACUAUAGAAAGCAACAGCAGCGAAUAUUAGAACUCCUUGAUUUUAUUCCUUCUAUUCCGGCAUUGAAAGAAGAGGAUGGCGUCUUGGAGUGCGCGCAGUGCCUUACGCUAUUUCAUCAGCACUGCGUAGGUCCUUUUCAACGAGACUUUUUUAUGGGUUACUUCUUAUGCCAUACAUGUCGCCUUUUAAUGCCUCAAAAACCAUGA